GGAAACACUGCGAAAAAAGCUAAUAAACAGCAAGUGAUUUACUUGAACGCAGCUUAAACGCGAGUCUUUAACACAAAAAAAUAAAAAAAAAUUAUAAUAUUUUCAAAAAAAAAAAAAAUUGAAAACCCUCCAACAAACUUAGCGUGAGCAAUUUCUUGAAUUUCCUUGCCACGCMCACUAACAUUAUCAACAUUGCGCCCAUUUGGAUUAUGGGCAUAUCCGAGGACGUCAAGCUGGACGACCUACCGCAAGAAGCCAAAUUAGCACAUCAGGAUGCCAUGCCUGAUCGUUCGGCCUCGUGCAUUGUGACGACCGGCGCUAGCGGCGGCACGAACAGUCCCAUUUCUGACACGAAUAGCGAUGGCGAUUUGGACGAUUAUGCGCCGAAACGUAAGCAGCGUCGCUAUCGCACCACAUUCACCAGUUUUCAAUUGGAAGAGUUGGAGAAGGCCUUCUCGCGCACACACUAUCCGGAUGUUUUUACCAGAGAGGAAUUAGCCAUGAAAAUUGGUCUAACUGAGGCGCGUAUACAGGUUUGGUUUCAGAAUCGUCGCGCCAAGUGGCGCAAACAAGAGAAGGUGGGACCGCAAUCACAUCCAUACAACCCGUAUUUGCCCAGUGGGCCGGGCGCCAUGCAAGCCGUAGUCGGUCCAACAUUGCCGCCGAACCCGUUCACGCAUCUGGGCUUCAAUUUGCGUAAACCAUUUGAUGCGCCGGCUAAUUUGGCCGCCUUUCGUUAUCCACACCUGUCGGCGGCGCCAAUGUUGCCAUCCGGAUUUUACAAUCAAUUUCAAAGAACUCCACCACAUCUACUACCCGGCAUGGCCAGCAUGUACUCACCGACCACAUCCUUCCAAACGCUGUUGGCCAAUAUGACKGCUGUGCCGCGCCCACCACCAGCACCGGCACAACUCAGCAUCGCYGCCGUCAAACCACCAAUGAUGAUUUCAUCCCCCGAAUUGCAUUCACCCAAUCAUCUCAUCGCUUCACCGCCCAUCUCACCCACCUCYAUGACAAUGCAAUCAAUGGCACCACCACCACCAGCAAUGGCACACUCACACACACAACAACAGCAACAGCAAGGUCAAUCAUCGCCGGGGCUCAACAUGUCAAUGCUGCAUCAAGCGCCGCCGCCACCGUCACAACAAACGGCUGCGCCACAGCACACACAGUCACCGCUACAGUUGGCGCACUCACCAACACAACAUCAGUCAUCAACRUCCACUUCGGCCGUGGCCGCAGCGCUGGUACAAGUGCCACGCACCGGCACGCCACCCGAAGAUCGGCGCACCUCAUCCAUUGCGGCGUUGCGUCUGAAGGCGCGCGAGCAUGAGCUCAAGCUGGAGUUGUUGCGCCAAAAUGGUCACGGCGACGUGCUCAGCUAGUUAAAGCUGCAGUUGCUGGCAAUGGUGAAACGGUACGGCAGCGGGUUUGCACGURGAAUGAAGGGAAGCAGGGAUACGGCGGAGAAUUUCAGCUCAAAUCAGCGCGUAUGCGGAAAAAAUGUCCCCAACUUUCUUCGCCUUAAAAUAUUUUAAUUAAAUUUUAGUUUAUUUUAUAUUUUUAUCAUGAUUUUGGUUUAUCGGCCAUUUGUACGUAGUUGUUUUUAAAUUAUUAUUUUCUCAAGUAUAUUAACUAUAUAUAUAAAUAUAUUCAAAUAAAUAUGUAAAAUUAGUACCAGUGCGCUCAAUAAAGCAGUUUUGACAUAGUCGCAUAUGUAGGAAAUAGUAUUUAUAUGCAACAAUAUAUACAACUGUAGUUAGUUACUUACGUACGUAUUCCAUUAGAAAUUUAUGAAAGUUGUUUAGUUUUUGAAAAUUAAAUUUUAUUGAAAAUAUGUAAAAAGUUAU